AUGAUUUCUGAUUCCUCAUGUAAUUUUUCCCGUCUUACAUGUGAACAUUGCAAAAAUAUCUACACGAAUCCGCAUUCUUUGGACUGUGGACACGUCUUUUGUCUUUCGCCUUGUAUUUUGUCCUUUCAAACUGAUGAAGGAAGCAUUUACUGCAGUUCUUGUGGUUUUGCUUCUCCAAUAGAUGCUAUAAAAUUCGAAGAGAAAAUUGGGAAACGUGUGCGUGAUAUUAAGUUGAAAAAUGAGUCGGUUGAAAUAUCUUCCUGUUCAAAUUGCCAAAGUCAAAAUUGUAAUGUUGGUGAGCUCUGCAAACACUGUGAUCGCUAUUUGUGCCCUGAAUGUGCUACUUCACACAAGACUAUGUACUCAUCGGUCUUAUUCAGUCGUCUGUUAGAUUUGCAGUUGAGGUACAAGAAUUACGUGUACCGACGAGGAGAGCUGAAGAGUGCGAAAGCGAGUGAUGCUAUUGAACGCCUUCAAGAAUCAGUAGAAGGAGCUCUUUUGCGUGCUGAGAUUUGUCUCGAGUCAUUGGAAAUUUUACUCAAUGAUCGGUCUCCGGAAACGUCCACCAAAUUGGCGAAGAUUACAGGACUGUUUUGUUUGAGUGAACAAAAUGGUGGCCUCUCGAAGCGUCUUUCAAAUACGGCGUCGGAAAUCAGUAACGGAUUCUCGGGAACUUCCCCUAAUCUUCCUUUAAACGUUCAGAACUUCGUGAACAGGUACCAGAAGGCCUCAAUGGUGUCUAAGAGAGAGGUGUCUAGCUCUUUUGGGAGUUCACGUACUUCAUCCUUAACACGAAGUAUGUCACCGACUCAAUCCAUUAAUUCUUUAGGUCAAUCCGACAUGGCAAUAUUCACUUCUGAACACUCCAAAAAUGAAACGUAA